AUGACUACUAUUCCACGGAAGCGCGUUCGUUCGUCGCUCCCAUCUAUCAAUGCAAGUGGAGUGCGAGCGUAUGGAUUACGGUUUGAAGAACAGAUGAUUGGCAACAGAAAUGAGUACAUGAUAGAUGAACAACAAGAGCAACAAGAAAGUAUGGUAAUGACCGAAAGCGGGCGAAGGGAGACUCCACCAUUAGAAUACGAUUCGGAUGCAAUUCUACACUAUCAGGAUCAAAACGAGUUGCCAACAGAUGACAGUGGAAGAAGAGACACGACUAUGUAUGAGCGUGUCAUAUAUUACGCCAUGUAUGUCCUGCUCUUUGCACUUUCUGAAGAAGAAAUAACACGUAUGGAGUACUUGAUGGCAGUAAUAUAUGGCACUCCCCCUCCGAUAUCGUAUCACGUCCACGUUCGCAAACUCAAUAAACAGUUACUGCAAGAGUAUAGGAGGGAUCGCUACUUUUUUUGUAGUAGCUGCAAUGGAGAAAUGCAUGGAGGGCAGGUUGCCUGUCAGAAUAACAGUUGUGGUAUUCGCGGCAUCAGCACCAAAAGAGCGAAGCUUACUCAGAGAAUUGAGGUGCAUCCUGUCAAUAUAAUCCCUCAACUAUCAGAUGUUCUCACCAGCAACUUUGAACAGAUUCUACACAAGCACGAAGAGAUUCAUAUGAAUGGGGAUCUUGAAGACAGGAGUGAUAUCAGGUCUUUUCCUGGCUACAGAGAAGCGAUUGAAACAGCUGAUGAAUUUCGUCAGGGCCAAAUUAAGGUGCUUUUGUCCGUCUCUCUUGAUGGAUUUCGCCCCAAAAGGAUAGCAAAGAGAGAAAUAUGGCCAUUAUAUCUUCGUGUGGAGGGGCUACCCCAAUCGGAUGCCAACAAGUAUCACAACUUUUUACUCGCAGGAGCCAUCUAUAGUCGCCUGAAGCCUUCGGACAAAAUGAUGGAGACUCUAUUCAGUCGGUUUGAAUCCGAGCUUGCUAGCCUACGUGAUGCCCCAAUUGAGGUAGAAUUCGGAGGAAUAACAUGGAAUGUGAAAGUGCAAUUGUAUAAAGGAGUCGCGGAUAUGGCUGCCCAACAAGCGCUCUAUGGAACCCCAAGAUGGACAUCAGACUACGGCUGCUCAAAAUGCUACAUCAAAGGCAAUCGCAUCGAAAGAAGUCGUGUUUGGAUUGCCACCAAUGAUGAAGAUUUGCGCACGAGAAGUCGAGAAUCCUACGAAAUUGAUGGUGAACGCGAGCAGUACGGAAUAAAAAAAACGCCAGCAAUGCGACUCAUACCACCCUGCGACUUUAUCGGCGAUGCUCUGCAUGUUUGCUCAGAGGGAGUCACCCGCGACAGACUAAGAGGUACAACCACCACAUUACAUGGCUUCUGUUUGUUUUUGAUGGUAGCGAGCCAAAACAAAGCGAGCAAUAUUAGGCAAUUGAGCAACGUUACUUGUUAG